CGAGAACUCAGGGUGUGGCUUAAACUGCAACACCCGACUAUCGUACCGCUACUUGGUAUCGCAAAGGUCCAAGAUUCUCUAUUUCCGGCUCUCAUUUCCGAAUGGAUGUCUUCUGGGACAUUAUUUACAUACUUCAAGGAGCAAGGUACAAUUUCCGCAUCCACUCAAAUCAAACUGGCCAGGGGCGUUGCUGAUGGCCUCGAAUAUCUUCACUCCCAAGAUGUCGUUCACGGCGACCUCCAUCCUGGGAAUGUGCUCGUAGAUGGUUCCGGGCACCCACGCCUCACAGAUUUUGGUCUCGCGACAGUCGCAGGGGACGUAGAGUCGCAGUUGAAUACGACGACCGCAGGCCGCAGCUUCAAUCCUCAAUGGCGUGCGCCUGAGGUCAUUGGAAUCGACCCGGAGGCUGAACUUGUACGACCGAAUUUCAAGAGUGAUGUAUAUUCUUUCGGU